CCGGCGCAGACUGGAUGCGUUAUGUAGAAAAUAGAAAGGGACAUCCGCAAUCAUUUUUUACUAAAAGCAAACAUUUAAAGACAGAAAUAUGCUAUUUAGCCCAUCAAAAUGUGUCGUUGAGUAACUGAUUGGGUUGGAUUGAGGGUUUUUGACCGAAGAUGAAUUGGUUUACAAGGCGUAAUUUGUAACUCAUUUUCAUGAGCUGUUGAAAGAAUGCAGAAUGAUGAGAGACAAAUGGCAGAGGAGCAGCAUCAAAACAUGGAUGGAAGCAAUGUGGUUUUCCAAGCUGGAGUACCACAGACAGUACUUGUUCACCAUGUGCAUUCAACACAACAGCAACUUCUGAAUAAAUCAGAUGCAUACAUCAGUGAUGUAGAUGAGUUGCAAAGACCGACACAAGGAAGUGCCACACAAGGAGAGAGGAGUAGUACAGUAGGCACUGGAACCAUUCACCAUAUAGGUCAAAGCCCUUCUAGUGGAGGGCAAAGCUCUCGACCCAACCUACCUCAACAACAUAUUGUGACUAUGAGUAAUCAAACACCCAAAAGCACCAGUUCGUUAGCUGGGGGUAGCAGCUCUGCUGCAGUUUCCAGUAGUAGAGCUUCAGUUGAUUCAAAACCCCCAGCUUUGAAUUUGACUUUUCCAAACUUGACAGCAUUAGCCAAUCAGAGUGGUCCAUCUCCCAAAAAGAAAAUUAAACUGGAAGAAAAACCAGCAGCUACGCAUGAGAUAGCAAAUCAUAGGAAAUUGAUUUUAGAUCUUAAGUAUAAAAGCAUGUUGGAUAUAAAAGAACCAUACAUAGAUAAUCUGACAGAAAUGUUCUUCCUUCAAAAUGGAGGGAAUCUGAUGGAUUUUCUUGCCUGGAAGAAAAGACCGACUCCUCAAUUAGUACAUUUUCUGAAAUCGGGGAGUUUGGAUAGUGAUGACGAAGAGGAGGGUAGCUUGGAGAGGAAAAUUAAUAACGAAGUUAAGGUUAUCACAUGCAGUGGAAGCAAUGUUCCAUUGGCUACACCUGUAGCUAUAUCCACAACGUUACCCCCAUCAGUAGCUGCCCUCAAUCAACAAGGGUUUGAUCCACGGCGCCCAGGGGGACGACAUGGAAUGAUUUUUGGUCAUGUGCAGCAUCUAACACAACCUCCUACUAUACUCCCCAUACUUCAAGCUGCUCCCAUCAUUCUGCCAGGUACAGGUGCAGUUAGUACUGACAGCCUAGCUACUAAGAGUACCACUCAGUCUGUACCAGCUCAGAGGAUUGUUACCACAAGUGUGACCACAGUAACCUUGUCGACUCCCCUGACAAUGCCACAGCUCCAUAGUCAUCUCGCCAAGGCUAUCACAGACAGCAAGCCUCCAACUGCUCAGACAUCCUCCACCAAGUCAACCGUGACUGCAGCCUCACCAAUAGUAUCAGUAACAACUGCUGUUAAAACUACAAAAUCACCUCCAAUAUCUCCCAGUGUUCAACAGCCUAAGACGCCAACUAUAUCAGGGGUAUAUGAUGGUGCACCAGGUGUAGGAACACAGGAGGCUAUAGUUGAAAGAGCAAAACAGGAGGCACAGGUGAUGCAGAGAGUUUCUGAACUGAGAAAGGAGGGACUGUGGUCAACAAGGAAGCUACCCAAAGUCCAGGAACCCCCAAGAAACAAAGGUCAUUGGGAUUAUCUGCUGGAAGAAAUGCAAUGGCUAGCUGCUGACUUUGCCCAAGAAAGGAAAUGGAAGAAGGCAGCUGCAAGAAAGGUAGCAAAAAUGGUAUCAAAGUAUUUCCAAGAUCUUGAGCAGAAAGAAAUAAGAGCGGAGAAGGAAGAGGGUCUGAAACUGAAGAAAAUAGCUAGCCAGAUGGCUAAACAGAUCCGAGAGUUCUGGACCAAUAUUGAAAAGGUGGUGCAAUAUAAAGCACAAGCAAGACUAGAGGAGAAGAGAAAGAAGGCUUUAGACCUGCACCUUAAUUUCAUUGUUGACCAGACAGAGAAGUAUUCUACAUGGCUCACAGAAGGAUUAAAGAAAGAAGGGACUUCAAUAGGAAGUGGGUCCAAUGUAGCAACUCCAGCCCACAGUGAUGCAGGAGAUGAAGAAUUCAGACCAGCUAAAGAAGAUGAAUCAGAUGAUGAGGAGACCAUUGAAAAAGAGGAAGCUGAACAAGAUCCAUUGAAUACCAAAGCGGAAUUAGAUGCUUUACAAAAGGAGAGUGAACUUCCCUUUGAGGAACUUUUAAAAACAUUGCCAAAAGAAGUUCUGGAGAAUCCAGUUCCUGUACCAUCUGAUGAGGCUGAUGAGGAGGAUAAAAAAGAUAAAGAAUUUAAAGCAACUGAAGAUGAAAAAGAUGAAGAAGACACAAUUGCUGAACAAGAGAAACAUGAAAAGAAGAUAGAUUAUUCCAAAGAACUAGAUGAUCUAAAGGAUGAAAGUGAAAUGACCAUGGAGGAACUGUAUCGAAAGUAUGCAGGGGCUUAUGACAGCGAUUUUGAAAUGCCAGAAGAGGAGGAAGAAGACAGUGAAGAGGAAGAUUCAGAUGACGAAGAGGAAGAAGAUGAAAGUGAAGAAGAAGAGGAGGAGGAGGAAGAAGAAGAAAGUAUGGAAGAAGAGAGUACAGAGAAAGAUGAUGUUGGGUUAGAGUUCUUGACAAAGAAAGAUGAGGAUUCUAAAUCUCAGGGUGAUUUUGAUCAGGAAGGUCCAGGAAAAGAAAUUACUGAUAUUGCAGCACAAGCUCAAAGUCUUCAACCCAAGGGAUACACUUUAGAAACAACUACUGUUAAAACAGCUGUUCCAUUCUUGUUGAAACAUACUUUACGAGAAUAUCAACAUGUUGGUCUGAACUGGCUUGCAACUAUGUAUGAGCAGAGAUUAAAUGGCAUUUUGGCUGAUGAAAUGGGUCUUGGAAAGACUAUCCAGACUAUUGCAUUGCUGGCUCAUUUGGCUUGUGAGAAAGGUAUAUGGGGACCCCAUUUGAUUGUUGUUCCAACAAGUGUAAUGCUUAAUUGGGAGAUGGAAAUCAAGAAAUGGUGUCCAGCUUUCAAAAUACUCACCUACUAUGGAUCUCUUAAGGAAAGGAAGUUAAAAAGACAGGGUUGGACCAAAACUAAUGCCUUUCAUAUCUGUAUAACAUCUUAUAAACUUGUUAUACAAGACCAUCAGUCUUUCAGGAGAAAGAAGUGGAAGUAUUUCAUCUUAGAUGAGGCUCAAAACAUCAAAAACUUCAAGUCUCAGAGAUGGCAGACCCUUCUGAAUUUUUCAAGUCAGAGACGACUGCUUCUAACCGGGACUCCUCUACAGAAUAGUUUGAUGGAGUUGUGGUCCCUGAUGCAUUUCCUUAUGCCUCAUGUGUUCCAGUCUCACAGAGAAUUCAAGGAGUGGUUUGCUAAUCCUCUGACAGGAAUGAUUGAGGGCAGUCAUGAAUACAAUGAAAGUCUCAUUAAAAGAUUACACAAGGUACUAAGACCAUUUUUACUGCGUCGAUUAAAGAAAGAUGUUGAAAAGCAGAUGCCCAAAAAAUAUGAGCAUGUGGUUAUGUGCCAUCUGUCCAAGCGACAAAGAUACUUGUAUGAUGAUUUCAUGUCGCAGACAAAAACAAAAGAAACAUUGGCAAGUGGACAUUUUAUGAGUGUAAUCAACAUCCUGAUGCAGUUGAGAAAAGUGUGUAAUCAUCCAAGUCUCUUUGAUCCAAGGCCGAUUGUAUCACCCUUCAAAACAGAGGGCAUUAACUACUUUGUUCCAUCACUGGUGCUGAAUUGCUUAGACUAUGAUCCUUUCAAGGAUGUUGAUCUACAUUCACUUUAUCCCAGUUUGGCUGAUAUGGAGUUAAAUUUGCCAGCCUUUGUGGCACACAGAGUUAAAAAACUACAGACUCCACGAGUCUUGAUUGAGGAAAUUGAUAGUCAUCAAGAGCCCCCAUCCCGACCUCGUUCUGGUAAACUGAAACCAGUGGUCUUCAAAGGCAUUGCUCCUGUUCAACCAACUGGAAGAAUCACCCCCACCACAUCUGACAGAACCACUCCAGCAUCUACAGCUGUACAAUCAGCUCUGAAGACAGAAACUGUAAAUGGAGUUCAAGUAGAAAAUACCCAAACUCCAGUAACAAAUACAAGUGCUACAGUACAACCUCCAGCCAAAGUGGUUGCACAACCAGCUGGACAGACAGGAGUCCAACAGCCUCUCACUGUUCACAUUCAACAGACAGACCAGGGAGCUCGUUUGAUGAUUCCAGCAGGCCAGCUGUCUCAGUUACCAGCUGGAUUCAUUCAGAUUGUGCAGACUUCCACAGGACAACAGAUUAUAGCUACGUCUACCCCUAUGUCUACAUCUAGUCAAAUCUUAGCCAGCAUUCCUACGUCCUCUGUACAAGCUCUAAGUGUGGCCACCACCUCCUCCACUGUUGUUAAUGGCCCACCCACCAUUACAACAGUAGCUUCUUCAACGUCCAGUACUUUGGUAACGAGUGUCAAUGCCCAGGUUAAAACAACUCCCGCAGUUCAACUGCCGUCUAGUUCCACCAUAGUUACUGGGGCCAGGCCUGUGAUGAGAGUGUCCCCGUUGUCAUCUGUAGCUCCUGUCACAUCCAAUCAGGAUCCCUCUGUUUCCAAGCCGUCCACAGCACAGGUGACAACUACGAUGUCGCAUAGUUCAACCAAGAUGUCGGUGUUAGACUGUGAAAAUCUGCACAACAAAAGCUCUCGGUUUUACAUGGCGUCUCUGACUUCCAAACUGCAAGAUCUGAGGAAGCAGAAAUUGGAGUACAUAGCCAAGAUUAAUAAAAGGAGGUGUGAAUGUAAGCCAGUAUAUGGACAAGAUUUAUGUGAUGCAGUGGAUGUUUUUAAAGACAUGAACAAAACUUCUGUGAAAGAUAAUACAUGGAAGGGACUUGGUAUGGCAUAUUGUCGUAAUGUGAAAUGUUGGAGAAAUCCAAAUCAUCCAGAUAUUUAUUGGAAACAGACCACAGUGCUUUCAGAACUAGUUCAUUCCCCAAUGGAUUAUUUAUGUGAAUUGAAAGAUAUUCUUUCUAGGUUUGUGUUUGUGACACCACCCAUAGUGUCACCUCAAAUACAGCUUCAUGCUUCACAUCCCUCUCCAUCCUACCUCAAUCAACAGAGGAGAACUGAAUUCUGUCUCAGACAACACAUCUCACCCAAAACCGAAUGUCUUCAUCAAAUCUCAUCCAGGAUGACGGUACAGUUCCCAGAACUUCGCUUGAUCCAGUAUGAUUGUGGAAAGUUGCAGACAAUGGAUAUCUUGUUGCGACAACUGAAGUCGGAAAACCACAGAGUGCUUAUAUUCACCCAAAUGACCAAAAUGUUGAACAUUCUGGAAGCCUUUUUGAAUUUCCAUGGCCAUAGAUAUCUACGACUGGAUGGUACCACAAAGGUGGAUCAAAGACAGUUCCUUAUGGAUCGCUUCAAUGCAGACAAGCGUAUAUUUGCUUUCAUUUUGUCCACUCGUUCUGGAGGUAUUGGUGUGAACCUGACAGGAGCAGAUACUGUGAUAUUUUAUGACAGUGAUUGGAAUCCUACAAUGGAUGCCCAGGCACAGGACAGGUGUCACAGAAUUGGACAGACCAGGGAUGUUCACAUCUACAGAUUGAUCAGUGAGCGAACCGUAGAAGAAAACAUCCUGAAGAAAGCAAACCAGAAAAGAAUGCUUGGGGACAUGGCUAUUGAAGGAGGAAACUUUACAACUGCUUUCUUCAAAGAGCAGACCAUCCAGGAAUUGUUUACUGAGCCAUCAGGUUUACAGAGUUUGGCAGAUGAGAUAACGGAGAGUGAAAAAGUGAAAGAGACUGUUACAGAGUUGAAGGAAGAUACAAAGGCAGGAGGAGAUGCCAAGGAAGAGAACAUGGUGCAGUCAGAGAAAAACGUUAUGGCUCAGUUUGAGAAGGUUCUGGCAAAGGCUGAAGAUGAGACAGAUGCGCAGGCUGUAGAUCUUGUCAAAGCUGAGCAGAAAGCAGAACUGGCCGAGUUUGAUGAAAACAUUCCAUGGGAUGAGAGAGAAGCCGAGCUGAAGAAAGAAGAGGAGCUCUCCAAAGUGGAACAGGAAAUUGCAAUGCUUGACAAAGAGCUUACUCCGGUAGAGAGAUAUGCAGUCAACUUCAUGGAGCUUGAAAUGGACCCAAUGGAGGAGUUAGAAAUGGGAGAGGAGGACAUAGAAAAUGUCAAGAAAGACUGGGAACUUGGACGACUCAAAGCAUUGAAAGAGGAAGAAGAAAGGAGAGCGGAGUUGGAGGAAGAUGAAAUGUUGUACAUUUACUACAGGGAUGAUACGUAUAACCAGGUGAAGAAAAAGUCCAAGAAAGCCCAGAAGGCAAACAAAACACCAGCCAAAAUUGUCACCCCAUCCCGCAUUACCCCAGCCAGAAAUAAGGCUAAGCAAUUUAAUGAUGAUGAGUAUGUUCCGUCUUCUGGCAGAGCUAUCAAAGUUACUCCAAAAGUGACAUCAACAAAAAAUGCUAUCUCUCCAAGGUUAAAUAUGGGACGAAAUAGAAGGGCAAACAAAGUUUUAGCUAAAGCUGAGGCUGUUGUAGUGGAUGAAGAUGGAGAUGGUGCUAUAAAUGUUACCUAUAAGUGUAAACCCAAAUCUGCCAAAGCUAGCAAAAAAGUGUUGAUUGAUAACAAUGUUACUAUUCCAAAUGAUGAAUCAGAACCAGCUGUGGACACUACUCCUAAAGUAGUGCUACAGCAAAAGAAAGGACGAGGGAGACCCUCCAUUCUUAAGCAGGGUACAGAAAAGACCCCAGACAAGGUUGCUGCCACCCCACAGGUUCCUGUGAUGAUAAGCUCUCCCUCAGUCCAGAAAACGGUACAAUUGUCACAGGUCCAAGUUCAACAGGUCCAGGCUCAUUUAGCCAAAGCCCAACAAAACUCUGCUUCUCAACCAACAAUAGCCCAGCUCAUGUAUCAAGCACACCAGCAGCAACCUUCAAUUCAGUUUGCCAGGCAAUCUGCCCCUACUUUGCCCCAUCAGCUAAAUAAUACUUCACAGCUGUUAUCCACAUCCCAACUGCAACACCUUAAACAAAUCAUUUCCAAAGCUGCUCAUACAAACCUUGCCAAAGCUGCUCCCCCAAAAGCUAACCCAGCAGGUGUUGUCCAGGCUGGUCAGCCAAACUUGGUUCAACAGUUAAAUAUCAAGUCUGCUCAAAACCAACCAGCCAUUCAGCUUGUUGGACAAACUUCUGUUAUUCCUCAACCUCAGGCUGUUUCAGUUACCCCUCAGGUUGCCCAAAUUGUCAAUCAAGGUCCAGGACAAACUAUUCAGUACAUAACGCAACCCACUCAGGUUGGAGGUGCCCGCCCGGCCCAAGCUAUACAACAGGUGGUGUCUCGCAACAGUGCAGGACAACCCACUUUACAAUUUAUCAAGGUCAAUGCUUCAAAUGCACAACAGCCAGUGUUGCAGUAUGUUAAUACUUCUGCAGGCACUGCUGGUCAAGUUAGAAUACAGAACACUGCCCCUCAAAAUCAACAGGGGGUGGUGUUCUUACAACUGGGUGGAGGUAAAGCUAUUCCAGUGUCCUUAAGUCAGGGAUCACCACUGUCUGUUCCAAUGGCCAGACUAGUGACUAGCAGGAAUGUAGCAAAUGGCAACCCAAAAGUUGCUCAUGUUGUACAACAGAAUGUUAUACCCCAACAGUACAUUGCAAGAAACAUACAGCCCACAAGAGUGUCUGCACCUAUUUCAAGGUUCCAGACAGCUGCAGCAAGCCAAAGCAACCCUGUCCCACCAGUAUCUAGUCCUCAGCCCUCCAACCUACCCACUGUUGUACAACAGGCAAGGUACAGAAUACCCAAAAUCAGUCAGCAGCAGCCCAAAGAGAAUCCCGUCCCAAGUACUCCACCCACAUCCUCCCCAUUCUGGAAUCCCAAUCUAGUUAUACGCACAAGGAAGGCUGCUGCCCAGCCUGGUGUUUCUAGGGAAGAAGUAGAGCAGGGAGAGAUGAAUGACCAUCUUCCUUUUGUGAUAGGGAAACCUAACCCACCCAUCCCCCAGACCAGCACAAAUGGUGGGUCUCCCAAUCAGUUCAUUAGUUUGCUAAGAGCAGGUGUGGCCUCUGGCCAAGUGUCCAAUGUUGUGAUAAAACAAAACACUAUAAUAUCCUCUCAGGGGAUGGUGGUCUUCCUUUCUGAUGUUGAUCAGGAGAAAAUGCCUCUGUGGGCUCCUCCCACCCCACCACAUGAUGACAAUGACAUCUACUUGGACCAAAGUCUCCUGUUUCUGUAUGAACCUAAUGUGAUGCCAGAGACCCAGCUUCCUCCUGUGUACAUCAAGAAGGAGCACAAGAAACCCAAGAUUGAAUCUAUCACUACUCGCCAAAAGAAACAGAGAAAAGAGGAGCAGACUCGAGUGCCUCGGUCCUUGUUUGAUCGUCCUUCAGCUCAGCUGUUGAAGAUACGAAGGGAACACAAACAGAAGAGUGGCCUUCUGAAGCCUUUCCGACCAGUUCCUCCACCCAUUGUCAAACCUAACGUAGAUACCUCAGAUCAUCCAGAGUGGCUCAUCCAUGAGGACUGGGCUCUCUUACAGGCUGUACAAAGCUUGUUUGAUGUUCCUCUUAACCUGCUGGUUGUAUCUCCUGCACAUCACCCUAACUGGGAUCUGGUGGCUGAUGUUGUCAACACGUGUAGUCGUGUGUACAGGUCAGCCAAGCAGUGUAAGAAUAGGUACGAGAAUGUCAUCAUCCCAAGAGAAGAGGGCAGAAUUUUGUACGAUAUCAACCCCAGAAAACAGAGCAAAAAGACAAAGGGAAUAUACAAGACAAAGAACAACAGGCCAAUGAGAACAAGUCAGCUGUAUAUCCAAGACAACAAUCAGGCGGUUACCAUGUUGUAUUCCUUCCGUUUUGAGUCGGCUAAACAGAUUGCAGGAAAGAGGCCCCCACCCCUGAAGCAAACUCUGGUUAAUCCUACACUGAAGAAUCCCAAGCAUGCUACAGUGUUGUCAGAGAAUAACAUUAACUAUGACCAGCCCUUAAAUCCUAUGAGUGUGGCCGAGAUUCGAGCUCAGAGGAUCCAGAGAGAGAAAAAACAAAAUCAGGCAGCUGCUCAAGCCACGGCAGACCAGCAAUUAGCUGCACAGAGAUCUGUUGUUCAGACAGCUGCCACAACAGGAACCACUGUAGUACAGCAGACCACCACCUCAGUAGCAGUGGCUCCAGUGGCACAACCCAUACAAACAGCAGUGGUCUCUUCAGCUGUCCUGACUGGGGUGGUACAGAAGGCUGCCGCUGUAGGACAGGUGGCCGUGACUAGGACAGCCACAGGAAACAUUGUGGUCAACACUCAGGGAGGGGUCCCCACCAACUUUGCUGCCAUCAACAGAAGAAUGAGUCAACAGGCUACUGUGGCUUCCAUAGCUCAACCAGCCACUGUGACAGUUGCUGGGGCUAUUACACCUGCUAACAUCAGGGCCCAGAGAACAGCAGCUCCUCUCACAAUACAGGAGAUAACAGCCAUAGCCUCCCAGCCUCAGACACAGGUCACCACCUCCAUAGCCUCAGGUCCCCAGGUGGCCAGGACACAGCUACAGACCACGGUGACAGGAGCACAGCUGGCCACAGUUCAGAGAACUAAUACAGGCCAGCAAUUAACACAGCAAACAGUGACGAAAAACUUGACGCCUCAACAGUUGUUACAGCUUCAGCAGAGACAGCAGAAUCUGAUCAACCAGCAGAAAAUGCAGCAACAGCAGGUGCAACAACAGCAGCAACUCAGGAUGCAGAAACUUAAUCUAACGCAACAACAGUUGAAGCAGCUCCAGCAACAGGGUAGGGCCCAGAAAACUGUGAUUGCUCAGCAGCUAGUGACAGGCGUUGGACAGCUGACAGCAGCACAGCUGAUUCCUCAAGCUCAAGUGCAGCAUAUAACACAGUCAGCAACAGUGGCUGGGACCUCUGGAACACUGGUGAAGACUGUGUCAGCACCCGGUAUCCCAGUCAGCACCGUCAACAUUAACGUCAGUGUGCCACAACAGAAAGGCAUAGUGGGUAAAUCUGCUACUGUAAGCCAGAUUCCACAGGCUAAAAUUCAGCAUAUCCAACAGAUUCAGCAGCAAAUGAGGCAUCAACUUACUAAGCAGCCUCAAAAAAUCACAUCUGUAGGACAACCAGUUGGAAAAGGACAGAGUUUCCCUCUGAAUGCUGUCCAGAUCAUCCAGCAGCCAGCUUCAGGAGCAACAAGACAACAUCUGACCUACUCUCUACAACAAUUCAUGCAGCAAAACAAAGGCUCUGGCAUGAUCAUCACAUCUCAACCUAUCAUCACAACAGUAACGCAAAGUCAACAGCCCACUGGACAGAUGGUGACUAAGGUGCUUCCUACCUCAGCUGUUCCCACAACUCACCUCCAGACCUUGUCUGCUACCCCUAUCUCAGUCACUCACGUGUCGGCUGUACAGGCCUCCAACGUGACGGCCCAGCCAGCUGCCACUUCUAUCAGUCUCACAGGGGUAGGUGGCCAGGCAGGCAAACCUCUCACGGUCACUACUGUAGCUCAGGACGCCAGCACCGGCACAACCAUACAGGUACAGCCCGCAACAACAGGCACUCAACAGGGAUCACAAACCACAACACAGCAGUUAAUACCACAAACUCAGGUCGUACAGCAGGUGCCUCUAGCUUCACACACACCACAGAAAAUUCUGACACAGACGGCCCACCAAAUACAGGUCACUCCCGGAUCCAUUCAGCAAGUUCAGGCUGGCAACAUAGCUCAGGCUGUGUCUGCUACUCCCACAGCAGUGACACUGACCAUCACCCCGGCAGCUCAGUCUGCUCCCAGUACUGGGACCCUGAUCCAGCAGCCGGUGGUGGUGACACAGGCCGUACAGGCUACAUCACAGCCCAGCACCGUCACAUCUCAGGCAGCACUGGCGGCGGCCGCGGCGUUACCUACCACCACGGUCACCGUGGCUUCUGCUGUCCAGUCUUCCACUCAGUCACAACAGACAACACCAGGGUCUGCUAAACCCGCUGCGCCUUAUGCCAUGAGAACCAGAAACCACCCCAAAACUUGAGUUAUACUUACACUCUAAGGAAUUUAGAAAACGUAACAUGUUGUGAUGUUGUGUGAUUUUCACAUUAUGGACUCAUAUUUGACAGGUUGUGCUUUACUGAUCAUGCUGGAUAUGGUAGAAAAAAAUCAUGCAAAUUUUAUGUGCUCUGUAAAGUAUAUCGGAUUUCAACACAGGGUUUUCUAUGUAAAGUAAGCAAUUAUUUUGAACAUAUCUACUGUGUAUUUAUACAGUAUGUACAGGUAUUUUGUAUAAAUAAAAAAACAUUGCUUUGUACAUAAAAUAUGUAUUUAAUAUGAAAACUAAAAUUUUUAGUUAUUUCAUCUAGAUAAUCCUACUGGUGUACAGAUAUGGUCAAGUCAUGACUAAUGGGCAGAUAACUCUUUUGACUUGGUAUUCCUGUCAUUUAAUUUCUUUUUUAUACAAAAAUGUUUGUAAUAUCUGUUAGAUAUACCUAUAAAGAAUGAAACUUGAA